ACACAUCCACCCCAGGUCACACCCGGUUAUUACCGUUUACGUGCCACCUUAUCAUUUUAUGGUCUUUGAGCAAGAGAGCGAAGGUUGAGUUGCCUUUAUGAAGCACGCAGAGUGACAGGGUGACAGAGACGGAAAGAGCACCUAAACUUGAAGUGAGAGGUUUCCCAGUGCUCAAGCUCGCAACGAGAGGAGCUUCUUUAUUCCUGUUCUUUGUGGUUUCCAUCUUGGGAGAAGUAACACACCGUAACACAGAUUGACUAUGGCAGCAGCUAUUGAGAUUACUGGUUUCCUGAUGGGGGUGGCAGGGUGGAUGCUGACUGGAUCCACAUUGGCGAACAAUUAUUGGAAGAUUUCUACAGUUUUUGGAAGUGUGAUCACAAGCUCCAGGUUAUACGAAAAUUUGUGGAAAAGCUGUGCCCAAGAUAGUACUGGCGUCUUCAACUGCCGAAUGUUUGAGACCAUGCUUGGUCUAUCCUCAUAUAUCCAAGCGUGUCGGGCACUCAUGAUCAUCUCCAUCAUUCUGGGAGUUAUCGGUACACUGAUGGCUCUGUUUGGCCUGAAAUGUACCAAUAUUGGGAGCAUGGAUGAGAAAGCUAAAGGAAAGAUAUCCCUUUCUGGUGGGCUUGUCUUCAUUCUAUCAGGUAUUUGUGCAAUGGUUCCCAUUUCUUGGUAUGCUUACAACAUCACUAUGGAGUUCUACAAUCCUGUCUACGGUGGAACAAAAUAUGAGCUGGGAUCUGCUCUCUACAUUGGAUGGGCUGGAGCAUCUCUCCUCAUCUUGGGAGGUGCAUUCUUGUGUUGUUCCUGUAAAAGAAAUGCGCAACCAAGUGGCUACAAAUAUUCUUCUGCCCAAAGUGGACAACGGAUCUACACAAAGACAGAGUCAGCUCAUUCAAAAGCUUACGUCUAAAUCAGAGACUGACCAAAAAAAAAUUAUGUUACUCAGGUCUUCGAGAGCCUUGCUAGAAUCAUAUGUAUUUUGUAAAAUCAUUAUGCCACUCUGUGAAGCAUUUAAAUAAGUAGAGCAUAUAUCUGCACUGCAGUGCUAAACGUUUUGAAGGUUCUAAAAUUAUAAUGCCAGAGAUUUUUGUUUUGUUUUAAUUGCCACACAAUGUAAAUCAUGAAUCCAUUUAUAGAGUAUUGUAGUUAUAUGGCUGGGUUUCAGUCUCAUUUGCUUUACGGGGUUGGGAUUUGUCAUUGGACUGAGAAUAGGCAUUCUCCCUGUGAGUGAGCAAAGGGAAGGAAACUCUGUUUAAGAUCUACCUGCCAGCAUCAGCCAGGAAUAGAUCACCUUGCAAGUUUGGCUAUCCCAUGCUUUUAAAGAGGGGGAAUGUCUCAUUGAAACAUUGGGGCUGAUGAGUUGCCAGGAUGGAAGCUAUAAUAUGAUGAGGGUGCAGUGGAUAUUAUUCAGAGAAUGAGGUGCAGCAAAAUUGUAGUCUUGAUGGGGGCUGGUUCCCACUUGAACACUUCUGGUGAGGACAAGUGAUCACAAAGAGCUGUAGACAUAAAGCGAAGGCCUUGGUUUGUAAUCCAUUAAUUUAAACAUGUGGUACAUCAAGGUGAGAAGACUGGUGAUCUCCAUGCAUAUUGUGUGCACAGCUCACUGGAAGACCCAACCAAAUAAAUAAUCCUUGUGUUUCUUUAAGGAAAAUCAGUUGAGACAUAAACAUGUUGACACCAUUACAGCGUAGGAACUGUCUGAGUCCUCUAUUGACUCUACCCGGAGCCUAACUGUAGUCAGAAUUUGUCAUUUGUCGCUGCAGUACUAACUUUCUGUGUUUCAAAUUCACAUGGGUUUCUGGGCUUAAGACCCACACAGAUCCCACUGUGUUUACCUUAUACACAAAACACACUAUGAUUAACUUCUGCACAGACAUACAAUAACUAAGCUUGGUGCAGAACUCAGUAAGGGUAAACUCAGAGCAAAAUGUAAUCAAAGCUCAUCAUAGUUUUCAUGGCAGAAUAAGGGAGGGGACAUCUUUUUUCAUCAAUCAGUAAGAUAUUGAACAAAACUGGAGGAGUCAACAAACUUUGUUUACCUUUGGGCAUGCUAAAACAUAGUAGCUGUCCAUCUUCCACUCUUUAUUGCUUAUUAUGGCAUGGCACUUCUGCAAAGUUAUCCUGGCUUUCUGUUAUUGUGUACGGUUGAGAAAGCGUAAGUGAAUUCUCACAGAGAGUCUUUCUGCUUGUCCUUCUUAGCUUUGGGUGAAUAAUGGCACAAAUAUAAUUUUUCACUUUACUUCCACCAUUAUGUCCAAGCACACUUGGAUCACCUGCAUUAUGCCUCCAGACAUGUGUCAUAUCAGGAAAGUGUUUUGCUAGGAGGUAGCUCACAGACAGAAGUGCUUUUUGUAAAUCACUAUACUGGUCUGUUCUUCAAGUAAGACUUUGCAUACUUUGCAACGCUGUCACAGGUCACUGUAUUGGAAAGUGAGAAUUCAAUUCUAUCAAUGUGUAUUCUGUUAAUCCUAAAUUUAACCACCCCACAAAUAAUGAAAAGCAUUUCACUGAUUAACUGGCUGCACAGUGGCAGAUUGGCACAGUGGUUGACACUGCUGCCUUACAGCAUUAGGGACCUGCGUUUGAUUCCAGCCUUGGGCAAUUGUCUGUGUGGAGUUUGCGCAUUCUCCCUGUGUGUGUCCGCAUG